UCUAUCUUCCUCUCCCGCCACCUGCCCUCAUCUCCCUCCCUUUUACUCUCCUUCCCACUCUCCUCCCUUUAUAAAAAUCAGCUCAAAUUCUUUCCCCAUCUCCUCAAUCACUUCAUCAGCAGGAACAGAGUAACUAAUUAGAAAGAGAAUUGAUCAUCAGCUCGUCAAUCGAAUUGUCUGCAAACAGUUAGGGUUUCGCGAUGGCUAGAGAGUGUGGAUACAAGAGGAAGGGCAUCGACCUCGAUUUCGCGCGUGAUGAUUUCUCCGACUUCUCCCUCUCCGCUCCGGCUCUCAAGAUCCGCCGCCUGGCUGCUGAGUCGUUGCCUCCGAUAAUGGAGGAAGAGGGAGCAGAAGUAGUUCCGGCGAUGUACGAGGCGGAUUCUCCCAUGGUGUCCAUGGAGGAGACGGUUCCUCCGCUGCCGUCGGCCGAGACGGAGAACCUAGAGAGGGCGCUCGUGGUCUACAAGCCAGCGAACGUCCAACGUCCGUACUACUCGCCUUCGAGUCUCUCCGUCGUCGCGCUGAAUUCCGGGAUUCUCUCCGGUUUUACGAGGGAUCAAUUUCUCAGAUCAGAGAUGAGACCGGUUCAGGAAGAUGAAGCAGAAGCCGGGGGCAGUUACAAAACUGCAGCGAAUGGUGGCGGAUGCAGGGCUGUUGUACCGUGGGUUGCUUCAUCUCAGCAUUCAUUUGGCAACCAAAUGCGAGAUUUCCAAGCUGAAGCACCGGCAUCGAUGGAGGCGGAUGAAACUGGCGUAGCAUCAAUGGAUGUCGAGGAAAGCAAUGGUCACGGGAGCAUCGACCAAGGGCGGCAUUUUGGCAGCAUCGGCGGAGAUGGUGGGUUGCAUCAAUGGCAGCAGCACUGCUUCAUCCCGGAGCUGCCUCCCAGUAACCAGACGCCCGUCACCUGCUUGAGAUAACCGGACAGUUAAGCUUAGUCUGCCUCCCUCUCUUUUGUGUUUGAGUUGUUUUUUGUGAUGCUGAACCUAUCGAGGGUUAAGAUCUAUGGUAGCUUCUUCAAGGUAGCCAGCGGCUGCGACAUGAUUUCUGUAAGUUGUUCUUUCAUAGGAUUAAGCUGCUUUAGUAAGGAACGGCCUCGCCGCCGACGAGUCGGUUUUUGGUCAAAUUAUUGCUACCGAGGCUGUCAGUAUGACUAAUUGUUUCUUGUCCA